AGGAGUUGGAGAACACGAGACAGAACGAUAAUCGUAAUAGAAACUUGACAGUUCAGGAUCGGAAGCGCGAGAGGAGGUCGUUGCUCGUGACGAAGGGACGUCAUCGAGGAAGAUGGCCUAUUUGGCCAGAAAAUUAUUCAAAUUCACAAUUUACGUCCUCAUUCUUCUGAUACUCUUCGGUUCAUACUGUCAGAUGGCUCCAGCUGUCGCUGGAGCCACAAGAGGCUGGAAUCUUGGUCAUGGAUUCAGGUAUGAAUUAAAUACAACCCUUCUCUUUAGAGAAGCUGGACCACCAAGACCUGGAGGAGAUGUUGGUUUUCAAGUGACUGAUCAUCUCGAAGUGAUUCCAGUUUGGCAGGAUCCUAAGGAUCCAGGCCUCAUCAUUUUAAAAAUUAAGCUCACAUCGCCACAACUUUGGAUAAAAUCACGAAAAAAUCCCAAACCAGAGGGAUUUAUUCAACAUUCGUCAACAUUAGCCGAAAGUGCUUCAAAGUCAAUUCUUGUUGUUUGGAAAAAUGGAAAAAUUCAAAGCCUAUACACAGAUCCAAAUGAAAGUGUUUCAUCAUUAAAUUUAAAACGUGGAUUAGCGAGUCUCUUUCAAUAUACAACAUUUGAUGGUGAAAUCGAAGAAACCGAUGCCUCAGGUCAUUGUAAAGUUAUUUACACAUCAUUGAGUCCAAAUUCAAUGGAAAAAAGAAAAAUUUCCUGUCAGGAGAAUAAUUUUCCACAAAAAAUUAUCCAUUCAAAUCCCACAUUUGGUGUUAAAAUUGAAAGCACAAGAAAAUCUAACUAUGAAUUGUCAGCAAAUUUUAUUCCAAUUAUAAUACAAGAACAAGAAAUGCAUUCCAUGACAUUAAUUAGUCGACCCGAGACUGGAUCGUUUGUCUCGUCUGAAAGAAUUGUUCGUCAAAUUGACGAAAUUAAUGGUAAAAUUGUUGAGACUGAUAGUGUGAAAAAUGCUAUUAUUCUUCUUGAACCAGGAUUCAGAGAUGUGCCAAUUAAUCUACAAAUUGAGAUGACAAAUUGUCCGGACAAUGGUUGUCAAACGGUGGAACAAAUCGUUCAGGAAAAUCGAGAAGCCCUAGACACAUUAAAUCUGGGAACGAUAAAAUCAGCGACAGCAUUUUUGAAACUAACAUCAUUAGUGAGAGAAGCAUCAGCUGAGGAACUAGUGAAAUUGCUCAAAAGUCCAAAAUAUCGUCAAUUAAGACCACAAUUGUUGGAUAUUUUGGGUUCUGUAUCAACUCCAGAUGCACAUAAAGCAGCAAUGAAAAUUCUUAAACAAGACGAAAUUGGCGACGAAACGGAAAGAUAUCUAUGGUCAUUAUCACUAUCACCAAAUCCUCAUCCCGAUAUAAUUAAAGAUGUAUUAAGAAAAUCUGAGGAAACAAUACAAAAUAACAAAGUUUCGGAGACAUUGGCAUUAACUGCUGCCGCUAUGGCAAAACAACAUGGUGCAUCAUCAGUUAUUGAAAAAGUACGAAUUAGUUUAGAAUUGGGAUUAGAAAGUUGUACUGGCGAAGAAUGUCAAUUGAAAUUUUUGCGAGCAUUACGAAAUCUUGAAAGUGAAUUAACAAUUCCGGUAUUAUUAAAUUUUGCUCAAAAUGGAACUAAAUUAACGAGUGCAGUCGCUUGGCAAGCAUUGGGUGCAUUGCCCAAAAUAACCGAACAAGUUAGAUCAGCGGCUUUAAGAAUUUUCUAUCAACUUGGUGGACCAAAAAGAGACAGUACCGUAAGAACAAUGGCUUUAAAUCUAAUUCUUGAAAAUGACCCAACAAUUAAUGAGCUUCAGGAUCUUGUAAAAUAUCUCACUAGUCGCGAUCCAAUUUACGAGGUUCGUAAAUAUCUUAGCCAACGUCUCGAACAAUUAGCUGAGAAAGAUGAAAAAUUUUUAAAAAAUCUCAAACAAGCUAUGCAAAGGGAAUCGAGCAAAUUCUACAACUAUGAUGUUCUUGCACAAAAAGGAUUAAGCACAGCGUUCACAAGAAGCUUUCUUAAAUCCACCGGAAGCAAUGGAUCACUAUUAACAGUUCAGGAAAUCAGUUCAGGUCUAUUAAAACGAGGAAUUGUUGAUGUCAUCAUGGAAAGUGAUUCCCAUUCAAGUACAAUUUUCUCCCUUGGUAUGUAUGCCGGUGGUCUUGGUGGAUUUGUAUCAUCCGACGUUGAUGAAAAAGAAGAGCCAUCCGAUGAUGAAGUUGCAACUGCAGGAAUGGAAAUAUCCGUCCUUGGCGUCAUAAUUAGACCUUUUGUCUUUUUCGCCGGUCAAGGUGAAUUAAUGGGUCACGUCUGGUCAGGCACUGCAUCCGAAAGAACACCAGCAUUUCAAGCGCUAAUCAAUCUUCAUCGACACUUUGAAUAUAUUCCCCUGGCAUCUGGAUUUGUUGCCGAAAUUAAUGUUGACGGUGCAAUGAGUUUUGAUCUCGCUGGACAAAUUCAAUUGAGUCUUUGGAAUAGAAAUGCACAAAGUUUAGUCGAAAUGGGCGCGGGACUUUCAAUUCAAGGCGGUGCCAAAGUUCGAUCAAUGUUUGUUCAAAGUAGAGCAGAAUUUCACAUGACACUUGAACCAAAACUCGAGCUAGCGACUGAUGUUGAUUUUUCAGGACCAGUUUCAUUGUGCAUGAGAUUAACCCAACCGGAAACAACAGUGAGGCAUAAUAUUUAUAAAAUCGAAAGAAUACCCGGUAGCAGGCAUAGAUUAAGAAAAACAAAACGUACAAGAAUUUUCUCACCAGCAAAAUCCUACCUCUUGAAUAGAAAAAACAACGAAAUGUGUUCAAAUGUGUUUAGUUAGUGAAUCAAUUAAUGACUUGUUACCUUUGUAAAAACAAUAUAUUUUAUCAGAGACAAUUUUUACAUAAAUUUUAUAUGUAUGUUAUAUUGUAAAUCCUGAACUCAGGAGUUUGUAAAUUCAGAUU